AUGUCCUCAUCAUCAACAACAACAAUACCUCAGCCACAACAUCCUCAACAACAGAUCAAACAUACACCAUUGCAAUUCAACAAUGAUACAUCAUCGGCGGGACAACAACAGACACCUGCCGUGAUAUAUCCUGCUGCAAGCUCUGCCAACUUGUACGCCCCACUUGAGAUGUACAUGGCGUUGCUGUCAGAUGGAGAUGUACGCACUCGAACUGAAGCCGUACUCAGCCUGCUCCCUCUGUUACCAGUCAAUCAUCGAGACAAUGCAUCAGACCUCGUAUAUAACGUUCGCAAACAGAUGGCUGUCGAGACCAACAAUGAUGUGUUGGUGCUGUUGGUGCGACUGCUUGGACGCCUGGCACUCGAUCCCUACGUCGACAGCACAUCCUGUAUCAACUUCCUCCUCUCAUCGACCGUCAAGCUGACACACUCCAAGAAGGUGAUCGUCGCGGCACUGUCGGCAAUCAGAGGCAUCGUGGCAUCCAAGAACGUCAAGCUGGCGCUCCUCAUCUCGACCGCCGCCGAGCCACUCCUCCACAACAGCAGUCCAAUGGUGCGUCGUGAGUGUCUCCUCCUGCUUGGAUGCAUCAAUCGUGCGCACGAACAAGAGUCUGAGGAUGUCCAAGGCAUCAUGGUCAACUUCCUCAAAGACCCUGACUACCGUGUGCGCGAGGCAGCACUCAAAUCCCUCUCAUCCAUCUUCUAUCGAUGUGGCAGUCUCUCUGUCAACAAGAUCUACCAACAGACGACACUGAUGCUUGUGGACGCAUUUGAACAGGUGAGAUUGGAGUGCAUCAAGUUGUUGUGGAUCAUAAGCAAUGUGUAUCCGAAUCAUGUUCUUGGCACGAUUGGCGAGAGGAACAAGAGCGAGAAGAUACGUUUGGUGGACGACGUGUUCAAGAAGAUCUGCAAUGCUGUCAAUGACCCAUCGGUACUUGUUAGGAACUGUGCCUGCAAGCUACUUGGUUGCAUAUAUGACGUGGGCAUCACUCAACUCAUUCAGACAUUGAGCAAGGAGAUACUGUUUGAUUAUGAUAACAAAGGUCGCAAGAAGUUCCAGAUUGGACACAGCAGGUAUAGCAAGCAGAAUCAACAGCAACAACAACAGCAACAGCAGCCACAACAACAGGGCAACAACAACAACAACUAUACACACAUUGCUGUACCAGAGGGUGACAUUGACUUCAUGUCCUCAACAGAGUCAUCGAUGAGUCUUGUGGACUCGGGUGCAACGGGCGCAUUCAUUCAAGGCCUGGAGGACGAGUUCUACGAGGUACGCUCAUCGGCCAUCGACAGCAUGUGCGAGCUAAGCGUGCGUAACAAUGAGUUUGCCCAGAAGAACAUCGACUUCCUCGUGGACAUCUUCACCGACGAGAUCGAAUCAGUGCGCAUCAACUCGAUAAACAGUCUGCGAAAGAUUGGACACAUGGUCACGAUCAAGGAGGAGCAGCUACAUGUCAUAUUGGCCUCGUUGGAAAACUCGUCGUCGGCUGAGCGCCAGGCGGUGCACCGACUUCUGACGAGCAUCCACGUGUCCAACUUCUCCUGUCUGCAUGCAACUGUUCAGGCACUCCUCAUCAACCUUCAAAAGUAUCCACGCGACCUCUACUCAAUCUUUGAAUGUCUCUCCAAGCUUGGCUCCAAGAACACCUCGACAGAGUUCAUCGUCGAAGACCUUCUCAAGCUCGACAACAAGUUCGCCUCUGUCGAACCAAACAUGGACGACAUAUUUUACGUUGCCAUCAUGAUUGUAAUACUCAAUAGUGCCAAGCAUAACAACACCAUUCUAUCAUUAUUGCCACCAUUUUGGAUACAACAUCACCUGUACUUCAAGGACAAGUAUCCUCUGUAUUUCCCUCAGUCUCUACAGACUGGCGGCACCAUCCAGGAGGAUACAUCAUCGGACUCCCAUACCAAAUAUCAACUUCGACUCGAAUCACAAGACGACCUUUCCAAGUUCUUAAAGGAUACUCAGGCAUUGCUGUAUGGCAACAAUGUAUCAUCACUCAGUCAUCAGAACCAAGGAAUCAUUGAGUUGUUGAGACAAAACAAGCACAGCCAUAUAGUCAGAUUGAUUGAAGAAUGUGAAAGGAACCUCUGGAGAAUAUCCAGUAUCAACAGGAUACUCAAGCCUACAUCCGACUUCUACCUUAUGUAUCUUAAGCUUAUCAAGCUCAUUGUAAAUAUCAAACGAAGCUCAAUCCAUGAGCUCUCACAGUCUGUUGGAAGAAAGAUAUCAAGCCUUGCCUACAAGAUGCAAGUACAGUUCAUUGGCCUGGAUGCCACGAUCAAGACAUCGCUCAAUGGACUCAAACUUGUUGGCGACAUUGUCUUCAUCCUCGGCAGUCUGGUACAAUCAUCCAACUCCUCGACAGCAGACCAACAAUUGGAUAUCCUAAGACAGAGACUAUCAUCAUUCAAAUCACUCAACGAGAAGUACUCAAUCGAAACGCCAAGCCCAGUGAUCAGACUACUGGAUCGCAUUCAAUCGAUACCGAAACGCAACAGUAUAGCUCAUUUAGAACCUCCACUUAAGCAGCAAAGGAUUCAUCCUCAGUCGACUAGUACAGACAUACUUGAACAUCUAUCAUUAUUCAUCAAGGAAUACGAACCAUCACUAUUAUUUGUAAACAAUCAAAUCAAGCGCAAGUCUGUCAACAUACUACCACCGCCACCUCACGAGAAGCCAUUGGAGUACAUCGAGAACUAUCCAAUCAAGUUGGCCAUCCAUGGAAACAUUGAGAAUUUCCCAAGUGUAGAGUCACUCUACUUCAAGAUCAAAAUAUUUGACAGGACACAACUUCAUCCAGUACCCUCCAACUGUUUAAUACCAAUCAAGCCACUAUUGUUCACAGUAUCAUCUCCACUGUUCAUCAAUAUGCCAAGGAGGAACUAUCCAAAAGAAAUCAUUCCACUUGGAAUCAGCAUUGUUGAACUAGUUCCAAAUGAACUGCAACUGACAUCGACGACUGACACCAAGAGUCUGCUGGCAAGGAUGCAUGCCAAGGACAACUUUGAUCCCUACCAGCUCGUGCCACUAUGUAAGCCAUUCACGUUCAAUCUGUCCCAACGCGACUGA